GUGACGUGACGUGUAGUAACCAACAUGGCGACUCUGCUGAGUUAGCAUCAUCAACAAACUCGGUGGAUCGACAAGACACCGAUAGCCCGGUUUUGUUAGUCUUUCUCUCGCUUGCAUCUACGCAGUGCCAGGCCGAAGAUGACGGCCUGAGAUAGRAGAAGUUAUAUCAAGAGAUGCAACAGCAACGUAUUGCUCAACAACAACACCAGAAGCAGGCAGAAAGCACAAAAACCAAGAGCAUGUUUCUGUCUAGGGCGCUGGAAAAAAUCCUAUCGGAUAAGGAGGUGAAGCGGAGCCAGCACAGCCAGCUGCGUAAAGCUUGUCAAGUGGCACUUGAUGAAAUCAAAGUCGAGCUUGAGAAGCAAAAAGAUGGCUCAGUGGUCCCGCCCCGWGCAAACUACAUUGAAGCUGACAAAUAUGUACUGCCUUUUGAGCUCGCUUGUCAAUCAAAGUCCCCACGCGUUGUCAGCACCUCGUUGGACUGCCUACAGAAGCUCAUUGCGUAUGGCCACAUCACGGGCAAUGCCUCUGACAGUAGUGCUCCAGGGAAGAGGCUCAUCGACCGGUUACUGGAGACCAUUUGUAACUGCUUCCAGGGCCCACAGACAGACGAGGGGGUGCAACUGCAGAUCGUCAAGGCUCUGCUGACGGCAGUGACCUCCCCUCACAUUGAGAUCCACGAGGGAACGGUUCUGCUGACAGUGCGUACCUGUUACAACAUCUACCUGGCCAGCCGUAACCUCAUCAACCAGACCACCGCCAAGGCCACGCUCACACAGAUGGUCAAUGUCAUCUUCACCCACAUGGAGACGCAGGCGGCUAUAGAGGCUCAGGAGAAGGAUAGACUAUGUCUGCCCCAGCAGAACCCUCUCCCUUCCUGGGCAGAUGUCUGGUGGUUUUUCCCGGUCGACUCCACCCAGACCUCAACGGAUGCCGCCAAAACGGAGGAGUGCAAGAUGAGGACGGAUGGUGGCUGCUACAGAGGAGAACAGGAGAGGGAGACACCACCUCCAGUUUUUAAUGAUCCACUUCCAGAAACACCACCAGCGGUAACACUGUCAGUAGAGGAAGGGAAUGAAGUGGGAGGGGGAUCAGAAUUAGGGGAGAGGGGGACAUCUGGAGGAGGGCAGGUCGAUUCAAAGCCAACAGAGCAACCAACGACUGAUGUGGUGGAGGAAGUGGCCGCAGAACCAGAACCACAGACCCAAACUGCACAAGCAGGGGACUAUCCCCCACACAUACCCCCAGAGCACCCUGAUCUGACGCCCCCUACACCCAGGACAGUUAGGAACCAGAUGAACGGCAUUAUGGGUGACCAUGGUUCUGUGUCCUCUACAGACAUCUUGGAUUUAGAGUCCAUGCAGGGUGGCCAGAACGCUGUUCGUUUCUCACACAUCCUGCAGAAAGACGCCUUCCUGGUCUUCCGAUCCCUCUGUAAGCUCUCCAUGAAGCCGCUGGCGGACGGACCCCCUGACCCAAAGUCUCAUGAGCUGCGCUCCAAGGUGGUGUCCCUGCAGCUGCUGCUGUCUGUGCUCCAGGGGGCGGGGCCUGUCUUCCGCACCCACGAGAUGUUUGUCAACGCCAUCAAGCAGUACCUGUGUGUGGCCCUCUCGAAGAACGGUGUCUCCUCUGUGCCAGAGGUGUUCGAGCUCUCCCUCGCCAUCUUCCUCACCCUGCUCUCCCACUUCAAAGUCCACCUCAAGAUGCAGAUUGAGGUGUUCUUCAGGGAGAUUUUCCUGACCAUCCUGGAAACGUCAUCCAGCUCCUUUGAACACAAGUGGAUGGUCAUUCAAACCCUGACACGGAUAUGUGCAAAUGCUCAGUGUGUGGUGGAUAUCUAUGUGAACUACGACUGUGACCUGAACGCUGCCAACAUCUUUGAGCGUCUGGUGAAUGACCUGUCUAAGAUUGCCAUGGGAAGGAGUGGCCAGGAGCUGGGGAUGACCCCUCUACAGGAGUUGAGUCUGCGUAAGAAYGGCCUGGAGUGUCUGGUGUCCAUUCUGAAAUGCAUGGUGGAGUGGAGCAGAGACAUGUAUGUCAACCCCAACCUGCAGGCCAACCUCGGCCAGGAGCAGCCGUCGGAUGGUGAGGGUGCGGAGCUCAAGCUUCCCGACCAGCUGGCGUCUCGUAGAGACAGCGUCAGCUCUCUGGACUCUACCGUGUCAUCUAGUGUCCAGUCRUCCCAGCCGGACCACCCAGAACAGUAUGAGGUCAUCAAACAACAAAAGGACGUCAUUGAGCARGGCAUUGAGCUGUUCAACAAAAAGCCCAAGCGAGGUGUCCAGUACUUACAAGACCAAGGCAUGCUGGGAACCACAGCGGAAGAAAUCGCCCAGUUCCUGCAUCAAGAGGAGCGCUUGGAUACGACCCAGGUAGGGGAGUACUUGGGGGAGAAUAUCCGUUUCAACAAGGAGGUGAUGUACAACUAUGUGGACCAGCUGGACUUUUGUGGCCGGGACUUUGUCUCUGCUCUGAGGGCUUUCCUGGAGGGCUUCCGGCUCCCAGGAGAGGCCCAGAAGAUUGACAGGCUCAUGGAGAAGUUUGCUGCCCGAUAUCUGGAGUGUAACCAGGGACAGGGGGAGUUUGCCAGUGCAGACACAGCCUACGUCUUGGCCUUCUCCAUCAUCAUGCUGACCACAGACCUGCACAGUCCACAGGUGAAGAACAAAAUGACCAAGGAACAGUACAUCAGAAUGAACCGUGGCAUCAACGACAGUAAGGACCUGCCUGAGGAGUACCUGUCCUCCAUAUACCAUGAGAUCGCUGGCAAGAAGAUCGCCAUGAAGGACAGCAAGGAGCACACUAUCACACCCAAGGCUAGCAAGCACAGCGUAGCCAAUGAGAAGCAGCGUCGUCUGCUGUAUGACGUUGAGAUGGAACAGAUGGCGAAGACAGCCAAGGCCCUGAUGGAGGCUGUAAGCCACGCCCAGGCCCCCUUCUUCAGCGCCACCCACCUGGAGCACGUCCGGCCCAUGUUCAAGCUGGCGUGGACCCCUCUCCUGGCAGCUUUCAGCGUGGGCCUACAGGACUGUGACGACCAGGAGGUGGCCUCUCUGUGUCUGGAGGGGAUCCGCUGUGCUGUCAGGAUUGCAUGCAUCUUCAGUAUGCAGUUGGAGAGGGAUGCGUAUGUCCAAGCCUUGGCUCGGUUCACCCUGCUCACAGCCAGCUCCAGCAUCACUGAGAUGAAGCAGAAGAACAUCGACACCAUCAAGACCCUUAUCACUGUGGCCCACACAGACGGAAACUACCUGGGCAACUCUUGGCACGAGAUCCUGCGGUGUAUCAGCCAGCUGGAGUUGGCCCAGCUGAUUGGCACGGGGGUGAAYACACGCUACAUCUCUGGAGUGGUUCGGGAUAGCCAGGCCGGCAUCAAGGGCUUCCCCACCGGGGGAGAGGAGUUCAUGACCCUGGGACUGGGGACCCUUGUUGGAGGUCCAGACCGGAGGCAGAUGGCUCAUAUCCAGGAGUCAGUGGGAGAAACCAGUUCUCAGAGUGUAGUGGUGGCUGUGGACAGGAUCUUCACUGGUUCCACAAAGCUAGAUGGAAAUGCAGUCGUGGACUUUGUGCGGUGGUUGUGUGCGGUCUCCAUGGAUGAGCUGGCCUCUGCUCACCAGCCGAGGAUGUUCAGUCUGCAGAAGAUAGUAGAGAUAUCUUACUACAACAUGAACCGCAUCCGUCUGCAGUGGUCACGCAUCUGGCAGGUCAUUGGAGACCACUUCAACAAGGUGGGCUGCAACCCCAACGAGGAUGUGGCCAUCUUUGCGGUGGACUCUCUGAGGCAGCUGUCAAUGAAGUUCCUGGAGAAAGGAGAGCUGGCUAACUUCCGCUUCCAGAAGGACUUCCUCCGGCCAUUUGAACACAUCGUGAAGAAGAACAGGUCUCCCACUAUCAGGGACAUGGUGAUCCGCUGUGUGGCCCAGAUGGUAAACUCCCAGGCAGCCAARAUCCGCUCCGGCUGGAAGAACAUCUUCUCUGUGUUCCACCAGGCCGCCUCGGAUCACGACGAGACCAUUGUGGAGCUGGCCUUCCAGACUACUGGCCACAUAGUCAUGAUCACGUUUCAGCAGCACUUUGCAGCAGCCAUAGACUCCUUCCAGGAUGCGGUCAAGUGUCUGUCUGAGUUUGUGUGCAACGCUGCCUUUCCUGACACCAGUAUGGAGGCCAUCCGGCUCAUCCGCCACUGCGCUAAAUAUGUCGCAGACAGGCCGCAGGCUCUGCGGGAGUACACCAGUGACGACAUGAACGUGGCCCCAGGGGACCGGGUGUGGGUGAGAGGCUGGUUCCCUAUCCUCUUUGAGCUGUCCUGCAUCAUCAACCGCUGCAAGCUGGACAUAAGGACCAGGGGUCUGACUGUGAUGUUUGAGAUUAUGAAGAGCUAUGGACACACCUUUGAAAAGCACUGGUGGCACGACCUUUUCCGCAUCGUCUUCCGCAUCUUCCACAAUAUGAAGCUCCCUGAGCAGCAGACCGAGAAGCAUGAGUGGAUGACCACGACCUGUAACCACGCCCUGUACGCCAUCUGUGACGUCUUCACCCAGUUCUAUGAACCUCUUAGUGAGGUCCUGUUGGCUGACAUCUUCACUCAGCUGCAGUGGUGCGUCAGACAAGAUAAUGAGCAGUUGGCCCGGUCAGGGAUUAAUUGCCUGGAAAACCUGGUCAUCCUGAAUGGGGAGAAGUUUAGCCCAGAGGUAUGGAACGUCACCUGCUCCUGUAUGCUGGACAUCUUCCAGACCACCAGCCCACACGUCCUAUUGACAUGGCGACCGGCUGGUCAGGAAGAGGAGGCUGGUGAUGGGAAACACAUGGAUGUAGAUGUUGACACCCAGUCUCAGAACAGCUAUGACAGGGCCCUGUCGGAGAAAGGAGGGCAGAGCCAGAUAUCCAGCGCCAGCGAUGACACCUGGAAAGGGAAACCCCACGCCAGGAUGUCAGACCUGAUGCCUCUGUGCUCUGUGUCAGGGAUGUCAGACCUGAUGCCUCUGUGCUCUGUGUCCAGGGAUGUAGACCUGAUGCCUCUUGCUCUGUGUCAGGGAUGUCAGACCAGAAGCUGUUUGCAAGGGCUGCUCAUCAAGUGUGUUGUGCAGUUGGAGCUGAUUCAGACCAUUGACAACAUCGUCUUCUACCCGAGGAGGGGACCCUGGACAGGGGAGCAGGGCAUGUACAGACACCUCUCCUCCCAGCACCUCUUCAAGCUGCUGGACUGCCUGCUGAGUCGCACACCUUCGCCAGAGAUUUAACUCAACAACGAGCAGAGGACUGCACUCUGGAGAGCAGGAUUUAAGGGGAAGUCGAAGCCCAAUCUGCUGAAGCAGGAGACUAGUAGUCUAGCCUGUAGCCUGCGUAUUCUGUUCCGCAUGUACUGUGACCGGCAGCUCCAGGACUCCUGGCCUGACAUCCAGACAAGGCUGCUGCUGGUAUGCAGCGAGGCUCUGUCCUACUUCAUCAGCUUGACCUCAGAGAGUCACAGGGAGGCCUGGACCAGCCUGCUCCUAGUACUGCUCAGCAGGACCCUGCGACUGACCGACGAUAAGUUCAAGCUUCAUGCCUCCUGUUACUACCAUCACCUGUGUGAGAUGAUGCAGUUUGACCUGAUCCCAGAGCUCCGCGCCGUCCUACGCCGUUUCUUCCUCCGCAUCGGCUCCGUCUUCCACAUCGCUGCUCCUGAGAUGGGCCAGCCACGGCCCCCGGCGCCCUAGGAGGGUCUGGAGAUGGAACGGGGAGGCUGGUGGGACUCUGAGGUGUAUGAGAGCUCCCCUAUCAGAAGUAGGGAGUGUGUAGUGAUGCAAGAGAUCGAAGCAAAGAUUGUUACCCUCAGGGGCAGAUGCUUUGAGAGUCAUCAGUUCCUGUUUGGAGUGUUGGUGAUAAGUUCCGGUGCCCUACUGACUCCCCCUAGAAGCCCCUGCUGGGAGAAAAGCACUGUGAUGGGACAGAGCUCUACUAGCUGUUUCUCAACACUCUGACGUUAAAUGUCAAAUGUAAUGGAAAAUUAACUACAAUUAUUUAUUGAUGCUAUUAUAUAUAUAUAUAUAUAUAUACACACACACAGUGCAUUCAGAUAGUAUUCAGACCCCUUGACU